AUGCGCAUGAGUCCCGUCGCCCUCGGCCGCCAUGAUCCCCUGGGGAGUGUUCCUGGGUGGAGUUUUGGGCUGGCUCUGAUUAUAUUCUCAUUGAGCCAUGGACUUCCUGCUGCUGCUGCUGCUGCUGGAAGUCCGGCGCCGCUGAGCGUUACUCCAAGUACGAACUGGAUUGGAUACGAUGGCGCAUGGAGCUCGCUAUCCAUUCGGGUUGGAACACCAGCACAAUGGCUGGAGGUGAUACCGGAUACAGGCUCAUCAGAGACCUGGGUAAUUGGCCGCGAUGGAUGCGAUGCGACAAUGAGAUGUCGGAAAGAACGGGGUGGCCUGUUUCUCGCAAACGCUUCAUCCACCUGGGCGCCCGUCGGUCUCUAUGAACUGGGGAAUAAUCUUCAGCUGGGUGACUCUGGAUACGGCAACUACGGUUACGAUGCCAUCGGUUUAAACGACAGCGUCUCUGUUCCGGGUCAGGUUAUCAGCAUGAUCACGACGGCCAAAUGGUGGAUAGGCUCGUUGGGACUCGGCGUUACAGACACAAACUUCACAGACGAAAACAAAUUGCCCCUUCUGAGCAGCUUGGUACAGAAUGAGAGCGUCGUUCCCAGCCAUAGCUAUGGUUAUACAGCUGGCGCCUUUUACCAAAUGAAGGGCGUGCCGACGUCUCUCACCUUUGGAGGGUUUGAUAGAAGCCGAUUUACCCCCAAUAACGUCUCGUUUUUCUUAUCGCCGGACAAUUUACCUGCCGUCACUAUCAAGUCGAUCAAACUCGAAAUCGGUGUGACACCACCCAACUCGAACUCUCUGGGCGACGGCCUUACUGUCGACCUUGCAUCCGCUGGAACCUUUGUAAUCGACUCAUCUACACCGUUUUUGUGGUUUCCCGAGCAGAUUUGCGACUCUCUCGCCGGCAAGCUUGGUCUGGUUUAUAAUUCUACCCUUGACAUAUACACCUAUGGACCUAAUGCCACAACAUACGACACGAUUGUCAACUCAAACGUGUCCUUCAAGUUUACCAUUUCUGAUCUCCCAGACUCGCCCAAAUCUGUGGACAUUACUCUGCCGUUUUCUGCAUUUAAUCACAAACUUACCUACCCUUUCCCAGGCCUUGAUCGGAACCUGACCAGCGAGGGCCUCCGCUAUUUCCCACUUCGACGGACUAAUGACCCCAAGAAGCUUACUAUCGGAAGGGUCUUCCUUCAAGAAGCAUACCUAAUAGUCGACUACGAACGUCGCAACUUUUCCAUCUCCCAGGCCACAUUCAACCCAGACUCUGGGAUUAGCAUGGACCUUGUCGCCAUCACCCAGCCCCUGGACAGCCCUUUCCCUGGUCCCGCCGGCGAGAACGCCGCACGAAGCCUAUCUACUGCUGCUAUCGUUGGAGUUACUAUUGGCGUUUCCGUGGGAGUCAUCCUCAUAUCCUUGUGUGCUCUGUACUUUUUCCGGAGACAGAGGUCAAAGGAACGAUUAAUUAAUGAAAAGGAGGAACACGCGCCUAGGUUCACAUUCCCCUGGAAAUUCUGGCGCAGACCCCGUCCUACCACUCUGCCGGCAGAGUUAGUUGCAGAUCGGCAUCAUCCUGUCGAAGCCGACGACUCAGCGGUUCGUUACGAACUCCCGGCAUGCACUCCAGUCGAACUACCGGCUUCCGAGGUCUCGAGCCGCGGGUAUGGAGAUAUGCACAAGUCUGCAGAUAUAGAUAUGGAAGCGAAUGGACACGGUCACCAUCUGCCAUCGAGAAACGGCAUACAGUUCCAGCAUAUACCUCCUACCCCGUCAGACACGUAUAUCGUUAGCCCGGUGGGACCAUCUUCGACCCUCGGAACAUCAGAUCUAAAUAAUAGUCUCGGUAUUCCAUCCCCCAUCGCGACAUCCACAAACUCCACGGCUCUAUCACAUAGCCGGCCUGACUCAUCCCCCUCGCUACUCGCCUCCAACCGGACUCUAGAGGAAGCACAAACUGCGAGGACUGGGCCCAGCUCUCUUGAAAAUCCCCAGCUUCAGGAGGAACCAAACCAAAACCUCACGAGGAAGUUCAGCUGGGAGCAAUAA